ACCUCCCAGUCUUGAAAGUCUUUUUGCAGCACACUGUUGGGCAGUUUGCCUGUUUUUGCCUUUUUCUUUAUUCCAAUGGCAUGCAAAGAGAGUGGGGAGAGUAGGAUUUUAUUAUGCUUAGGACUUUUUUUGAUUGCCAGUUCAUUUUGCCAAUGCACCAGCCUAACAAAAGUUAAAGCAUUAAAUAAAUUAAGUCAAGUGAAAGGAGGUGAACUGCGCCAUGGAAAACUCUUAAUUUGGCACAAUUCUCUACAAGGUGCUAAACUCAAAGGAACCAAGGCUGCAAAGAACUUACUGGAUGUUGAUACAGACUACCAAGCAGACAUGGCUUGGGGGCAGCCAAAGCAACCUAAAGAAAAUGGCCCAACAGCAGAUAAUGCAGCAGUGGAACGCCUCCUUAAAAUGGAACCAAAGGUUGAAUGUACGGGAGACUCCAUGAAGCUUCAAGUCCAAGAUGCUGCUUCUACCCCUGGAUCUCUGUUCUUUGUCGACAGGGGAAGUCUCCUGUCUCCUCUGCCUCUAUCAAAGUUGCCACCAAGCUGUGGUUAUACCAUCAAGUCAACACGGAGAGAAUUCGUCUUGGUUGCACCUUAUGAUGGUUGCUUUGUUGCUCUAGAGGAGGGCAGCUAUAUUCUCCCAUUGCUUUGGUUGGGGUUGCCAAUGAGGAUGUCCUGCCCUUCAAUGAGGCAGUCUACAACUAACCCACCAAUGGUCACCUGCCACGCUGAGGGCAUGGUCAUAAAAAUUGAAGGGACUCUACCUGUCAGUAGAAUAAAAGUUAACUUGAAUGAUAACUGGGAGCCACUGAUGAAAGUCUCACCUAGAUGUGCAUUCAGUGUAGUUGUACAUCCUGAUGGUGUGGUCAUCUCUGUUCGCUAUGCACCAUGUCUGGAGAAAAAGGGUGAAAUGUAUAGCCUGGAACUGGCUGGAGAUGGAGAAACUAAAAUUUCUUGUCCACCACUGUCACCAGCUCAGCUUGAACCCAGUAAGAGCCCAGGAAAUGGUCAAAAAACACAAACUAAAACCCCAAACAAAGGGGUGUAUCCCACCACACCAUCACAUUCUUUUUCAACCAAUGCGCCUGAACCUACUCCAAAAAAUCCUCAGAACCCGGAGGUACCUGAUGAGCCAAAUCAGGGGCCAAAGGAUGUAUAUCCACCUCAGUUACCUUAUAGCCCUUAUUACCCCAAUUUCUUUUACCCUUACCCUGCAAAUCCAGACAUUAAGCCUACACCUACUGUACAGCCAAUCCCCUCUGUAACAAAGAAAAAUGGAAAGUACCAACAAAUUCAAACUGUCCCUCCUACAAAGCUGCCCUUGAACCCUGAGGGACAGGUGCCACAGCUAUUCAGUCCUCUGCCAUUUUACCCAUCACCAACCCAAGCUGAAAAAGUGCCUGUUGAAAAAGAAACAACUCCACAGCCAACCACCCAACAACCUAAUGGCCAAGAGAAACAGCCUUUUUACCCUUAUCCAUUUUAUUUUACUUACCCACCUAUGCCUGAAAAUCCUUUUUUCAAUACUGAAAAACAAUUACCUGAAGACCCUGUGCAAACAAAGCAACCAGGCUCUGAGGAACCAAAGGUAGAAAUAGACCAGCCACUAUACCCAUACCCAUUUUUGCCCCAAGGUCCUUACCAAAUGCCUGUGCCACCUCCGCUCCAAAUCCCUACACCAGGUCCUUUCUACCUUCCACCAACUACAAAGCCCACAAUUGCUCCACAGCCAGAAACCCCUCAGGGUCAAGUACGCCAACCCCUCUAUCCAAACCCCUUCUACCCUCAGUCAAAGCCUGAAAGUCCACCAGCUAUAAAGCCCACAAUUGCUCCAAAGCCACCACAGCCGGAAGCCCCUCAGGGACAAGAAUACCAACCGCUCUAUCCGAACCCUUUCUAUAAGCCCUUCUACCCCCUGCCAGAGCCUGAAAUUCAACCAGCUAAAAAGCCCACAAUUGCUCCAAAACCACCACAGCCGGAAGCCCCUCAGGGUCAAGUAUACCAACCCCUCUAUCCGAACCCCUUCUACCCUCAGUCAAAGCCUGAAAAUCCACCAGCUAUAAAGCCCACAAUUGCUCCAAAGCCACCACAGCCGGAAGCCCCUCAGGGACAAGAAUACCAACCCCUCUAUCCGAACCCUUUCUAUAAGCCCUUCUACCCCCUGCCAGAGCCUGAAAAUCCACCAGCUAUAAAGCCCACAGCUUCUCCAAAGCCACCCCAUCCGGAAGCCCCUCAGGGUCAAGUAUACCAACCCCUCUAUCCGAACCCCUUCUACCCACAGUUAAAGCCUGAAAACCCAUCAGCUAUAAAGCCCACAAUUGCUCCAAAGCCACCACAGCCGGAAGCCCCUCAGGGUCAAGUACACCAACCCCUCUAUCCGAACCCUUUCUACCCUCAGCCAGAGCCUGAAAAACCACCAGCUAUAAAGCCCACCAUUGCUCCAAAGCCAGAAGCCCCUCAGAGUCAAGUAUACCAACCUAUCUAUCCCAACCCUUUCUACUAUAACCCUUUCUAUCCUCUGCCAGUGCCUGAAAAGCCAACUGCUGUUCCAAAGCUACCAGCAAUGGAAACGACUAUGGGACAAGUUCAUGGACCUUCUUACCCUCAACCAUUCACAAUACCAGGUGCUGGUGAUAACACUCCCAAUAAAAAGCCAGUCCAAAUUGAACAGCCACCAGCUGUCAAACCUAGCCCUCAGCCUUUAACAUUGCCCCCUGCUAUCUAUAUGCAGCAACCACAACAAGUCACCACUCAAAAUCCUGUGUACUGCCCUGAAUUCUGCAAAUUUGGAUUUUCCCAUUGCUGUCCACAAAUUGCUUUUCAUCAACAUCUCCAUCAUAUUGUUCCUGCUGAGCCUGGCAGUAAAGGUGCACCUUCACUCUAUCCAGGACUGCCAUUCCUCCCUUCAGCAUAUUCUGGGUUUGGCAAUAGCUUUGGUUCUGCUCCCCUUCCUCAAAAGCCAACUGAAGCAACAACUCAAGCUACCACAACUUCCACAUCUGCACCAGUUUCAACUCAGUCCCUUCAAUUUGGAGAUCAAAUAAAGCAGUCAUAUCUCCAGCCACUAGAUGGCAACCCUUCUACACUACCCACAAGUAAUCCUAGCAAGUUAAUGAAUUCUAAACCAGUUAACCCCUAUUUUGUACCCAAUUCACUUUAUCCUAAUUGGCAACAUCUACCACAAAAUCAGCUAAAUUUACUACACAGACAAUCACCAGCUUACUACAGCAUGCUCUCUAAACUGCAGGCUUCAAGUAAUGAACCAUUAAGUCCACUAACAGUGGGGGACAUAAAUAACCAAAAACCCAGUGAGUCUGAAGGGCCAUCACAACCUAUAGUCCAAAGUAAAUAUGAUCAUGAUCUGGUCCCUUACUACAUGCUUCAAGAUGCUCAAGCGCCUGCUUCCAAGUCAGCAGUCCCUAACAAUUCCUCACAACUACAGCCAUUUGUGAGUGGCUCAAAUAAAUCUGAAAGACAUGAACAAAGUUAUGUGCUGCUACAGCAUGGCCCGCCAGGUAGGGAGCCCAACAGAUUUAUCGAGUCUCCACUGUCUUUCAGAGACAUGGUUUAUGAUGCGAACUUCCUAGCACAAAAUGCUGCAAGGCAUCACGGAAGUAAACCCGGACAUCCCCAGAAUCUAAGCCCCCCACAGGAAAAAACACAACCCCCCAAUUGGCUGCAAAAAGGAAUGUCCAGUGCCUUACCUGGUAAUGUGAACUACAUGGCAAGGCAACUACAUGUUCCUGGGAAGGAAUUUCAGCCAUGGAGGUCUGCAUCUCGCCACCAAACAAAUGGAUUGAACCAACCCAUUCAGAGACCAGGUGGAAAGCAGGAAUGAGUUGCCUUCAAUGUCAAAUAAACUAUUGAACUAUCUGA